ACCAGCAUGGAGGGACCCUGGGUAGGCAACUGGAGACCUCAUCCACGACGGGGCCCAAUCCUUGCAGAAUUCAGCACCCCAGGUCCCAAGUACUGGCUCCCUGGGUUAACAGGUCAUAUGGCUCAUGAUCCCACCAGAGACAGAGCCCCUGCAUACUCAUUUCGAGGGACCAAAGCUCCCUCCACAGACAACUGCUCACCAGGUCCUCGAUACUUCAUCCAGCCAUCCAUUACCAAGACUGGGAAGUAUGCGCCACCAACAGCACUUUUGCUGGGACGUAGUAAGAGCAAGAUUGAGGUCACCCCUGGACCCAGUGACUACCUCACGGAACAUGCCAACAAACAUGUCUACUAUACUGCACCGUCCAAUCACAUGGUGUUCCGGCCCAAGGACUUAAAAGGUUUCCGAACACCAGGUCCUGGAACCUACAGUUUGCCCAGGAUUCUGGGACCCCAUACAGCAUACACUCAUGCUGAACCAUGCUACUCCAUGACGGGGAAGAGUAAAUACCAGAGCUGUUUUCAAGAUGUGGCAAAGACACCAGGUCCUGCAGCAUUUGCCAGGGUGGAUCUGGAUGUCUACAAAACCAGGGCUCCCAAGUUCUCAAUGGGACUAAAAACCAAACUUGCAGGGAAGGAUCGGUUUCCAGGUCCAGCAGACUACAACACAGGAAAGGUUGCACUGACCAAGGCCCGGGAUCCUGCUUACACCUUUGGACUCCGACAUUCUGUCUACAAAGCUUCUUUAAUACCUGCAACACAUCUUGAAUAA